CUUCCGGUACAUGUUGAUGGCCGGACAGCUCAUCAGCGGCUUCGGUGCCACGCCCAUCAACACAGUGACCAUCGCCUACCUGGACGAGAACCUGCCCAAGAGGAAGUCCAGCCUCUACAUUGGCAUCUUCAACAGUAUGACGAUCAUCGGACCUUCUAUUGGCUUCAUUGUGGGCGGCUACACGCUCACCUACUACGUCGAUAUAACUACUGACGUCUCCAACAUGGGCCUGAGCGCCAAGAGCCCUGCGUGGGUCGGCGCGUGGUGGCUCGGUUCCCUGUUGACCGCCGUCAUGGCCGCCAUCCUCGGCGUGAUCACCUGCUCUUUCCCUAAGUACCUCCCCGGCUACGACGCAGCAUGCGCCGAGAAGAAAUGCGACCAGACGGCCGUCUCGGUGAUCAGCAUGAUGCCGAGCGGCGAAUUCGGCCAGCGCAUCACCGACAUGCCCAAGGCUGUUCGCCGGCUCCUGACCAACGUGCCCUUCAUGAUGCUGUGCUUCGCAUUUUCUUUCAGCCAAAUGUACACCACGGGCCUCACCUCAAUGCUGACCAAGUUCUUCGAGUCCCAGCUAGGGUUGCCAUCUGCCAGGGUUGCCUACAUGGUCGGGCCCAUCGUGCUCGUCGGCGGCGGCUUCGGUGCCAUCAUCGGCGGCGCGCUGGUGAGCCGCUGGAACCUGGACUACGAGGGCAUCAUGCGGCUCUGCAUCUAUAACUGCUGCUUCUCAUGGAUGGGAGUGCUCAUCUUCACGUUCAACUGCCCGCAGAGUAUUUACGCCACGCCGGAUGGAUACAUCGGCGAAGUGGGGACCUCGAAGUUCAACUUCCAGUGCAACGCCGACUGCAACUGCUCGUCCGGCGUGCUGAACCCGAUCUGUGGCGCUGACCACGUGGUCUACCAGUCUCCUUGCCUGGCGGGCUGUCACAGGGAGAUUCAAGUGAAGAAUCUCAAGAUGUACAGCGGCUGCACGUGCAUCAACAGCACGCUGAGCGAAGUGCCGGGUGUGAGCGCCGACCAGCUUCUCCUGGAGGCCGUGCAAGCGACCCGUUCACGCUGCCCAACUGCCUGCGGUCUGCUCUUCCCGUUCCUGGCAGGCGUCUUCCUCUCGCUCAGCGCGUCCUUCCUCAACGCAGCUCCGUCAACCGCGGCAUCCAUCAGGUGCGUGAAGCCCGCACAGCGGUCGCUGGCGCUCGGCGUCAGGCAGAUCAUCGGACGCCUUGUGGGGUCUAUCCCGGCACCCGUGGUCUUCGGCGGCAUCGUGGACCAGACGUGCGUGUCAUGGCAACGGUCGUGCGGCUCGAGUGGCAAUUGCGUCAUCUACGAGAACGAAGGCAUGUCGCGUGGCCUGUUCUACGCGCUGGGCGUUACUCUCUCCAUUAACAUGUUGUUCUACUACGCGUCCCUCAUCGCGCACCGACGCCGCAUCCACCAGCGCGCCAUGGCCAAGAAAAGCCGCGCUAUGUUCAAGGACUAAGCGCAGCUCCCCGUCCGUAGCUGCGAGACCGCCGGUGUGCGUCAGCCCCCUGCUAUGGUUCACCGAGCGUUGCUGCCGACGCAACCGUUGCUAGGCGACCGGGUGCUGCGAGACCACGUGGAAGUCGAUGCCUCGUAGGACUGAGGUCUCCGUUUCGC